AUGGCUACUAUCGCAAAAGCUAGGUUCACCGAGGAGCAGAAGGACGCUGGCCAGUGCCAACUGUUCGUCGACAGUUUGAUCGAGAACGCUCUAAUAUGGUUUUCCCAUAUCCCUCCGGGCACUAUCGACUGUUUCGAACAACUGUCAACAGCCUUCCUGCGAAAUUAUCGGGUGUUCAUAGAACGCAACGCUUCCAGCGCCGAACUAUGGGAAAUAGUCCAAGAGCCCGACGAACCCCUGCGAAAGUACCUCACCCGAUUCAAGGAAAAAUACGCCACCAUAACGGUCGCUGAGGACGUCGCAAUCGCUGCUUUCAAGAAAGGACUCAUUCCCGGAUCCCGACUGCACGUAGAUCUCAAUAUCAGGGAAGCCACUGACCUGGACGAAGCCCUUCACCGAGGAUCUCGCUUCGCUUAUGUGGAGGAAGACGAGGAGAAGCGAGCUAACAAGCUCCCUCCUCCUCGCCCGGCCGUGGCCAAAGAAAAAAAUCGGGAUACCUAUCAGGAACCUCGGAAGCAUCACGACCAGAGGGACCCCAAGCGCGGAGUAGUCAACGCGAUAUCCGAGGACGAAGGACAGAACACCACUUCUCCCGAUGCACAAGAGGAGCUGUACUGCGAUUUUCAUAUGUUCGGCGGCCAUUCAACAGCCGAGUGUAAGCACCUGUCCAACUAUUUAUACGAGAAGUACCUGUACGGUGAAAUCAAAGCUGUCUACCAACCAAAAGUUUCUCGCGGCGGCCGCGGUGGCAGAGGUCGAGGAGGAAGGUUCGGGCGAUCCAACCCCGGCCGAGGUCAGAAGGGCGCCAACCAAUCCAACAACGCACCAGAUACUCCGCAACAGCCACCCCCCACCGAGCAGCAGGCAUCGCUAACAGGGACAGUGGAAGUCCCCCAGACACCGUCCAAGCGUCAAAAAGGACAGCAAAGCGAUCAAGCGACACCUCGGGGUCGUAUAUCUAUGAUCAUCGGCCAGACCGAUGAAUGCCCGGACUCUGCACGAGCCCUGAAAAAGCGAGCGCGUCAGGUCUUUAACGUCCAAGCGAUUUCCAAAGACGAAGCGCUGAGCUCGGACCCCAUCGCGUUCACCGCGGAAGACGCCAAGGGGAUCCACCACCCUCAUAACGACCCCCUAGUGGUGGAAGUCAGAAUGGGCGAAUUUGACGUAGAACGCGUCUUAGUGGAUACUGGUAGCACGGUUAACGUCCUGUUCUCGCAAACACUGGAGAAAAUGGGCGUCACGCUAGAACAAAUCAAACCAGGGGGGAGAAGGCUGACCGGGUACGACGGCGUCGCCAAAACAUCGAUGGGCGACGUGAAACUACAAGUCCAAGCCGGUGGCAUAGCACGUAAGACCAAGUUCGUGGUCAUAGACGCCCCACCAAUCUACAACGCCAUCUUGGGUUCACCUUGGAUCUACUCUAUGCAAGCAGUUCCUUCCACCUACCAUCUUUGCCUGAAAUUCCCAAUGGCUGCAGGAAUUUACACGUUGUAUGGCGACCAGAAGAUGGCUAGGACCUGCUCCGUCCUCAAGAAAAAGCAAAGACGGAAGGACGACGCAUAG